GCGAGUACUUCCUUUCCAUCGCCCCGCUCGAAGAGCGGGAGGCGGGAGGCCGGAGGCGGCUGCGGCGCCCCCCGCCGCCCUGCGGUGCAGCGCGGGCGCCAAGCGGGCCGGGGAUGGACAGGGAGACGCGCGCGUUCGCCGAGAGCCACUUCCGACGCCUCCGCGGGCGGCCCGCGGGCGCGGCGGGCGCGGCGGGCGCGACGGGCGCGACGCCGGGCCGCGUGGACUUCAUCGAGAGCCCGGACUGCUUUUCGUACGCCGACUUCUUCAAGGGCUACCUGCUGCCCAACGUGCCGUGCGUCUUCUCCAGCGCCUUCACCGAGGGCUGGGGCAGCCGCAGGCGCUGGGUGACGCCCGACGGGAAGCCGGCCUUCGAGCACCUGCUGCGGAGCUACGGGGACGUGGUCGUCCCUGUGGCCGACUGCGGGGCCCGGGAGUCCAAUUCCAACCGCAAGGAGCGCAUGCGCCUCCGGGACUACAUCAGCUACUGGGAGGACUACAUCCGGGGGGGCUACUCCUCGCCGCGCGGCUGCCUCUACCUCAAGGACUGGCACCUGUGCAGGGACGCCUCGGCCGAGGACGUGUUCACCCUGCCCGUGUACUUCUCAUCCGACUGGCUCAAUGAGUACUGGGACGCCCUGGAUGUGGACGACUACCGCUUUAUCUACAUGGGGCCUGCUGGCACCUGGUCACCGUUCCACGCUGACAUCUUCCGCUCCUUUAGCUGGUCUGCCAACAUCUGUGGGAGGAAAAAGUGGCUCUUCUUCCCUCCGGGGCAAGAAGAAGCCCUUCGGGAUUGCCACGGUGGCCUGCCCUACGACGUGACCUCACCCGCGCUGCUCGACAGCCGCCUGUACCCCACGCGCAAGCAAUGCAGCCCACCCCUGGAGCUCACGCAGGAGGCGGGCGAGAUGGUCUUCGUGCCCAGCGGGUGGCACCACCAAGUCCAUAACCUGGAGGACACCAUCUCCAUCAAUCACAACUGGGUCAACGGCUGUAACCUGGCCAAUAUGUGGCACUUCCUGCAGCAGGAGCUCCGGGCCGUGCAGCAGGAGGUCAGCCAGUGGAGGGACACUAUGCCUGACUGGGACCAUCACUGCCAGGUCAUCAUGAGGUCCUGCUCCGGGAUCAAUUUUGAAGAAUUUUACCACUUUCUCAAGAUCAUCGCUGAAAGGAGGCUGCUGCUUCUGGCGAAGGAGAUGGGCCCUGGUGACAUGGAGGGCAGUGCGGGCAGCGGGCUGGGCCCCCAGCAGGCUGCUUUUGAUGUCAGCCGGAUCGCAGAGGUGCUGGCCUCCGUGGUGGCCCACCCCGACUUCCAGAGAGUGGACGCUAGCGUGUUCUCGCUGCAGCCGGGGGAGCUCCUCCAGCAGCUGGAGGAGGUCGUGGCCGCCACUGCCUCUCUUUAGGGCAUGAAGCUUGCAUCAGGCGGGGCCCCGAGGCACCGGCAUGGAAGGCAGGCAGUCUCUUCCACAGCGCCUUCCAGAAAUAAAGCUCUGUGCUGCUGUGUGGCAUGGGACAGGUCACCUUCCCGCGGAGCCUUGUGGCCUCAGGUGGCCCAGGUGCGGCUCCUGCUCUUGUGGGUGUGGUACUGUCCUGGCUGUCCGCUGGCAUCCCUGGGACCCUGCCUAUGUAGAGGGUUUGGGCUCCUUGUCUUCAUGAGGCUUAGCCAGGGCUGAGUGCUCUGCAUCCAGUGGGGGGGUGGGUGGGGAGGCCCUGCUAAGUGAGCUCUGCAGCCAGAAGGCCCGGAGUGUGCUGGGGACUCGGGUGUGGGGGCAGCAUGUGGUUGGGAUUCCUGGUGCCCCCAGCCUUCCCUCAGCAAGGACUAGCAUCCCAGCCCAUAGGCCUCCCAUCCACAGCAGUGUGAGGCAGCUGGCUUGUCCUGCAGGGUCCCCUCUGCAGUAGGACCACACCCCUGCUUGUCUCCAUCUUGCCCUGGAGCAAGCCCCUCCAUGUGGGCUGGACGUUCUGGGGCCCAGGACCUCUGUGUCUAUCCCGUAGGAGAACCACUACUUAACAUAGAGCCUGCCGUCCCUCCACUGGCCUGUGCCUCCCCUGAACCCCCAUCCGGAGCCAAAGAUGUCCGUACGGUCAGGGCACCAGGCCAGGCCUCAUACCUUGUCCCUCAUGCAGGCCCCUAGGCAUCACAGGUGCAGCGUUCAGGGGCCCCUCAGGGUCGGUUGGCACCCAUGAUUUUAUCUCCCUCUUGUGACAGCACUGCCCGUGCCCCCCAGGCUCCAGUGAGGGCCCGGACCUUCCAGGUGUGCAGAGCCCCCUGUAGUCCCUCUCCCAGCCUUCACGUGUGCUGGCCAUCGUAGGCCACCAGCAGUCGGUGCUUGCUCCACAGCCAUGCUGCACACCUCUGCACCGUUCAGUUGCCGCUCUGCACUCCAUGUGCCCCUCAACAGUGACAGUAAUGGGGUUCUCCAGAGAAAUGGAGCCCGCAGGAUAGAGCGAGAGACGGUGGGGGCUGGUGAGUGAGGUCUGCAGGGCAGGCAGCAGGCCAGGGACUGAGGGGAGAGUGGACUUUGUGGUCUGGGGUCCAAAGUCUGCAAACUCAGGGUUAGCGUGUUGAAGUCUGAGGGCAGCGUUGCUUCUUUGGGAAACCUCUGUCCUUGCCCUUAAGGCCUCCACUGACUGGAUGAGGCCCUCCCAAAGUGUGGAGGGCAGUCUGCUUGAUCAAGGUCUGCGAAAUUCAGAGUUAAUCACAUCUAAAGGAUGCUUUCACAGCAGCAUGGAGACUGGCGUUUGAACAAACAGCGGGCACCAGGGCCUGGCCAAGUCAACGGGUCGAACUGACCAACGUGGUCACUCCCCUGUGCUUGCAGGGACUCAGCCGGCACACUGCUCUGUCCCGUGCCCACCUCGACGCCCAGCAACUGCUCCUUUCCCAGCAGCCGCGGGCAGUCCCACAACCUCCCUGUGUGUAGCACCGGCCCCCCGCCCCCACCGCCGUCGGACAGUUGUGUCUGCACACGUCCCUGCGUGCCGUCCAGCCGUGCUGCGCCCCACGCUCACCGCAUUAUUUUAUUUCAUUUUUUAAAGAUUUUUAAUUUAUUUAUCUGAGAGAGAGAAUGGGAGACAGAGAGCAUGAGAGGGGGAGGGUCAGAGGGAGAAGCAGACUCCCUGCCGAGCAGGGAGCCCGAUGCGGGACUCGAUCCCGGGACUCCGGGAUCAUGACCUGAGCCGAAGGCAGUCGCCCAACCAACUGAGCCACCCAGGCGCCCCACGCUCACUGCAUUAUUCAGCUGUCACCCCUUGCACACGUGUCCUGUCAUAUCCACCCCCGGAACCCCUGCUCCACCACGUCCUCGCUCCUCCCACGCACCCCACGCGUCCCUCAAAUGCCGGUGCUCACACUACCCUCCAGUCAAGUGCACGGUGUGCACACCUGCCGUGUGCAGUCCAACGCCCUGUGCACACCUGCAGUACCUCCCAUUUGCUCCUCCUGUUCUCAUCGUCAAGAUUUUGGCUCUAGCACACCCACUGGGUGCAUUAGACAAUGUCGCACUGCACGCUCAGGCCAGGUGCAAACUUGGCAUCGUUCCGUUCCUUGUAGUCCCGUCUCCACAGCCGUGCUGUGCCGUCAAGCGGUGCUUGCACGUUCGUGGUGCCAACCCGUGAGCACCGCACCCACGGCAACUCAUCAGUUGUUCCUUGCGCGUUCAUGCUGUGCCAUCCAACCCGCUAAGCCACCCAGAACUCCCAUGUGUGGCCAACAGCUGCUGCCCCCCUCUUGCACACCCACGUGCAUUCAACAAUCUGCACAGUCACUGGGCCUGGGCCUGAGCCAUGCUGUGUGUCCAGUUGCAGCUGUUAGGGAGGAGGGGCUGGCUCAGCAUUGUCCCCAUCAUUCACCCGUCUCUUGCCCCUUCUUUUAUUUAUUUGCGAGAGAGAGAAUGAGAGACAGCAUGAGAGGGAGGAGGGUCAGAGGGAGAAGCAGACUCCCUGCCGAGCAGGGAGCCCGAUGCGGGGACUCGAUCCCGGGACUCCAGGAUCAUGACCUGAGCCGAAGGCAGUCGCUCAACCAACUGAGCCACCCAGGCGCCCCCGUCUUCUCACUUUUUUUUUUUUAAGAUUUUAUUUAUUCGAGAGAGAGAAUGAGAGAGAGCACAUGAGAGGGGGGAGGGUCAGAGGGAGAAGCAGACUCCCUGCUGAGCAGGGAGCCCGAUGUGGGACUCGAUCCCGGGACUCCGGGAUCAUGACCUGAGCCAAAGGCAGUCGCUUAACCGACUGAGCCACCCAGGCACCCCCGUCUUCUCACUUUUUUUUUUUUUUUAAGAUUUUCUUUAUUUGCGAGAGAGAGAAUGAGAGACAGAGAGCAUGAGAGGGAGGAGGGUCAGAGGGAGAAGCAGACUCCCUGCCGAGCAGGGAGCCCGACGUGGGACUCGAUCCCUGGACUCCAGGAUCAUGACCUGAGCCGAAGGCAGUCGCUCAACCAACUGAGCCACCCAGGCGCCCCCGUCUUCUCACUUUUUUUUUUUUUUUAAGAUUUUAUUUAUUUGAGAGAGAGAGAGCACAUGAGAGGGGGGAGGGUCAGAGGGAGAAGCAGACUCCCUGCCGAGCAGGGAGCCCGAUGUGGGACUCGAUCCCGGGACUCCGGGAUCAUGACCUGAGCCAAAGGCAGUCGCUUAACCGAUUGAGCCACCCAGGCACCCCCGUCUUCUCACUUUUUUUUUUUUUUUAAGAUUUUAUUUAUUUGCGAGAGAGAGAAUGAGAGACAGAGAGCAUGAGAGGGAGGAGGGUCAGAGGGAGAAGCAGACUCCCUGCCGAGCAGGGAGCCCGACGCGGGACUCGAUCCCGGGACUCCAGGAUCAUGACCUGAGCCGAAGGCAGUCGCUUAACCAACUGAGCCACCCAGGCGCCCCCGUCUUCUCACUUUUUUUUUUUUUUUAAAAGAUUUUAUUUAUUUGAGAGAGAGAGCACACGAGAGGGGGGAGGGUCAGAGGGACCUCUUCAGGGGAAGAUGUUGGCAGUAUGUGACCAGGUGCACUGGAGGCUCUCUGGCUUGCCUGGCUUGCCCUUCAGCUCCUCAUCCUGGGUAAGGACCUGGAAGGGCACUCCAGCAAGCUCGGGGCGUGUGUGUUUGCCGCCUGGAUUGGAACCAUUCCAGUGUUUCACUGGUGAGGCAGUGGGCGUGCUGCCUGUGGAUCGUCAUUUCUGGCAGCACCCCUCUGCUCAGGCUGCAUUUUUCUGCCUCCUCAUGGGAAAAGUCUGCACCCCCAUGACGUAACCAGGACACAGUCGUGAGGCCUCAGCCAGACAGGAGUGACCACAGUGUACCUGAUGGGGUGGGCGUUUCUGGGGUGAACAAUUGUGCAAGGCAUAGUGGGGAUGCUGGAACUCCUUGUGUACAGGGAGCAGGGAUGCUUAUGGACUGAGUUGCAACUGUGGCUCUAAACUCUGCAUCACAAAUCUUUACCCUGGAUAAGAAGCCAGCAGGAAAAGGAGGUCUGAGGUCAGAGACCACCCCAGGAGGGUUUAAAUCGAGGUAAAGCCAAAGAUACAGACGUAGUGAAAAGAAGGGGCACCUGCCCCCCAACGUUCAUAGGAGCAAUGUCCGCAAUGGCCAAACAGUGGAAGAAGCCGAGGUGCCCUUCCACAGACGAAUGGAUAAAGAAGAUGUGGGCCAUAUACACAGUGGAAUAUGACUCAGCCAUCAGAAAGGAUGAAUACUCAACUUUUACAUCACCAUGGAUGGGACUGGGGGAGAUUAUGCUAAGUGAAAUAAGUCAAGCAGAGAAAGUCAAUUAUCAUAUGGUUUCACCUAUUUGUGGAGCAUAAGGAAUAGCAUGGAGGACCACAGGAGAAGGGAGGGAAAACUGAAUGGGAAGAAAUCAGAGAGGAAGUCGAACCAUGAGAGACUCUGGAUUCUGGGAAACAAACUGAGGGUUUCAGAGGGGAGGGGCAUGGGGGGAUGUGGUACCCGGGUGAUGGACAUUAAGGAGGGCACGUGCCAUGAUGAGCACUGGGUGUUACACACAACUAACGAAUUGUGGAACACUACAUCAAAAACUAAUGAUGUAUUAUACAGUGGCUAACUGAACAUAAUAAAAAAAUAAAUCUAGGUAAAGGGUUGGCUGUGAGGCCCUUGGGGAGGGUUACGGAGGUCAAGUCCUGCCUGCCCUUAGUCCACUUACUAAUAAUCUUCCUCUGGCCACGUUGCACAUUCUCACCUGUUUCGUUUUUGUUUUGUUUUUGCUUUUGUAUGAUUUUCCCCACUCAGUGCCGAGGAAAUUCCAGAGUUCGGUCUUGAACGCCAUAAUUUCUCAAUCGGUGGUCAGAAGAAAUCUCAGCAAGAGAAGCAGAGUGUGUUCCAUCUUCCCCAAUUGUAGCAGCUACUGUCCUGAGAAAGGACAUGGUCCUGACAAGCACUAUUUUUAAAGGCUCCCAAGUUUUAGUGGUUGCUGUGCUGAGAAAGUACCUUCAACCUCUAAAUGCCAGGAUUCUGGGGGGCCGUCUCUGCUCUUGUCCAGGGUCCCAACACUGAAGUGUCCUCCAAGCAAGGGGCAUCUGGGUGUAUCUCAGCACCCAGAGCAAUGUGGCUGGCCCUCCUCGCUUCUCUCACCUAAUAAGCUGAUAAGCCUGCAAGACUUUCCACUGAGUGAGGAGUGGGCCUGUGUUUCAUUUAAACACAGGAAAUGAAAGAACAAAAUCACAACUCCCAGCUAUGGUAGAAAGAGGAUUUUGAUGUAGUAUUCAAGUGUAGCUUUUGCAAUUUAUGACCAAUAUUGUCCAAAUCAGUAAACAUUUUUUUUUUAA